AUGGAAGACUGUACUGGAAACGGGACUGUUGCUACUAUUGGAGCAGUAGCAACGAAAAUGCCUAAAAGUCACCAAAGGCAGCGCUAUUUUUUCCUGCUCUCUGUAGCCGCCAAGAGAUGCCAACUGUACUGCCAGUCCAAAGAGACAGGGGACAUUGCUUACAUGAAACAACUAACCCAUGAUGGGACUCGCUGUUCCUACAAAGACCCCUUCAGUAUAUGCGUCCGCGGAGAAUGUGUGAAAGUUGGUUGCAACAAAGAGAUCGGAUCCAACAAAGCUGAAGACAAGUGUGGAGUUUGUGGAGGAGAUAAUUCACAUUGCCGGACAGUGAAAGGGAUCUUCACCAGAACCCCUAAGAAAUCUGGGUACCUUAAGAUGUUUGACAUCCCAGCGGGUGCUCGACAUGUGACUGUCCAAGAAGAUGAGGCUUCCCCUCACAUUCUUGCCAUUAAGAACCAAGCAACUGGCCACUAUAUCCUAAAUGGCAAAGGAGAAAGAUCCACCUCUCGUUCCUUCAUCGACUUUGGCUUAGAAUGGGAAUACCACAUAGAAGACGGUAUAGAAACUCUUCAGACAGAUGGGCCUUUGCACGAUGCCAUUCUUGUUCUGGUAAUUCCUCAGGAUAACAAUACCCAAUCCAGCCUGAUUUACCGAUACAUAAUUCAUGAAGAUUCUGUGCCCAAUGUCAGCAGUAACAAUGUCCUUCAGGAGGAACUGGACACCUUUGAGUGGGCUUUGAAGAGCUGGUCCCAGUGCUCCAAACUCUGUGGAGGAGGCAUGUUGGAAUAG